CGUAUCUCCCGGCACGAGGAGGACAGUGUUGCCAGAUUGGGCCAGAUUUCCCGCACAAUCUGGCAACCCUUGAGGAGGAAAGAGCCGAAGAAAGGAGCCAUCCGCGCGUGUGAUUUGUCUUUGUAGAGCCGACUCGGUGAACGUCUCGCGUCGGGAACUUUGUUGGCUUUUCUGCAUGAAGUCGAGUCAGCAUUCCUUCAACUCGAAUACACUAAGAUUGCAAAUUAAAUCCGUUUUUGUUCGUCCUUUUUGUUUUUGAAAAGGGGACGAAUGCCAUGUCCAUUUGGUUUUGGAUUUAAACCAAAGGUCUAACUGGGACCACAAAAGACCGUCCACACACAACAGGUCUACAACUCGCUCCUCUUUGUAUUUUCAGCCGUUAACAGGGAUUUCUUUGUUUUUUUUUAUAUACUUGACCUAUCAUGGCUGCUGUGACAAGCCCAGAGACGAGCCCGCAACCCCGGGUAUAUUUCCAGACGCCGACCGGCACCACGGAAGAACCGGAGACACCGGUCCGUAAGCAGGGACGCGUCACGGUCAAAUACGACCGAAAGGAGCUCCGGAAGAGACUGAACCUGGAGGAAUGGAUUAUCGAUCAGCUCACGGACCUCUACGACUGUGAGGAGGAGGCCAUCCCUGAGCUGGAGAUUGACGUGGACGAGCUUCUGGACAUGCCCAGUGACCUCGAACGGGCUGCCAGGGUCAAGGAGUUGGUGGUUGAAUGUUUCAAGCCCACGGAGAUCUUCGUGUCCGAGCUACUGGAUAAGAUCCGAGGGAUGCAGAAACUCUCCACGCCUCAGAAGAAAUGAUAGAACCUCCAACAUCCUGUCCUCAUACUCCUCCUCCUCCUACCCCUCCUCCUCCUCCUCUUCCUCAUCCCCCCACCAUCUCCUCUUAAGUUCCCUUUGUUUACUCUGUCUUCCUACCUCGCCUCACUUCUCCAUUUUCCUCAGUCCUCCUCCUGCCCUCCCCGUUUUUCCUUCCCAACCCUACAUUGUUUCUCCUCCCUCCCUCCCUCCCUCCCUCCCUCCCUCCCUCCCUCCCUCCCCCCUCCCCCCCUCUCCUAGGAGAACCCCAGGCCAAGCUGAACCCGAGUCGUCGGUUGCUUUUCACGUUCAGCGUUCUCACCCCGAACCACAUGGUUGUCGGGGAAAGAUAAAAAGCUGUUUGUCCUGACUAGACAAAAGCCGCCUUCUUCAUGUUGGCGACAAACGUGUAUAUUCCUCCUGCUGGUGUUAGUUUACAACACCGGGCUGGAGAUUUAGCAGGAAAAUUAAACACGAUGGCGCCAUCUUCUCGUUACCGGAGAAUAGAUUAAUUAAUAAGAACAAGAGGAAAGGAGUCGGACGAAAGGGGGGCGGGGUACUCUGUCAAAGCAGCCAAUCAGCUUCAAACAGGGUUUAUUUCUGAACUAUUACGUUUUUAUUUUUUUUAUUUUUUUAUUGUCUUUCUUUUGUGAAAGGUUUAAAUUUGAUGUAAAUAAUUCAAUUUCCACGGCCAUGGUUUAACUUAAGACUAUUUUCGUGGGGUUUUGUUUUAUUUUUACUAUUCAUUGUUUCGGAAACAAUGUUUUUGUUUUUUAGUGGCCAAUGGGGUGCCUGGAGUUUGUAAUACGUUGAAUUAUUCACUCUUAUCCUUAUCCAUAUUCUAUCUUCGCCACUAUCAGUUUGAAACUUUUUGAGGAAACAGGUUGAUUGUUUUGAAAAACCUAAUUCUUGAAGGGAAACGUUUUACGUACUUCGAAUCCACUGAAGUCAGAAGCAUUUCUCAUUCGUAUCCCGAACGAAUGCAAAUUCACCGAUAAUUAAAAAUUACCAUCUGACACAUCUACCACUAUAACACUUUUACUUUUGUUACUAUGCGCUCACAAGCAUAGCUAAGACCCCGGAAGGGCCUUAUAUUUGUUCUGUUCAAAGUCCUCAUAAAGAUAGUGUGUGUGUAGGAUCCUUCAUAGUGUAAGGUAACCUUUUCAGUACGAUAGUUCGCUCAUUCCUGUCUUCUGCUGUUUUCCGUACGACAAAUCAGUUUUAGUAAAGGACCAGGUCCUCACUUUUCACACACAUUUUCCACAUCAACACAUGGGGACCUAAAUCGCAAAAUGCCUUCUUUCUUGCUGUCUCGUUUCUCACCGUCUUUCUGUCUGUUGAUCUCUCUCUCUAGUUUCUAGUUUCUUUCAGACGCAUCAGCUUACCUUAUCUCUUUUGCUCUCCACACGUUUGGUGGCCAGAAAUUGGAGUUGAACUCAAACGACCUCAACUGGCCUCACUGGGUCAGCAUUCUUAAACUGAAGUGUUUGGUUCAGAGCAAUGUCGGUAACACACACACGCACGCAUAUAUACACAUACAUACACGCGCACACACACACACACCAGUAAGGGGUUUAGAGGUGAUGAGCGGACCAGCUGGGAGUGGAGAGACAUUGUAUGGGAGGACAGGCCCUUGUGGAAGAUUAAAGCUCCAAUGCCUCAAUGCAUUGAAUCACUUCCUACGGGCACCGCACAUACAGACAGGGAGCACUCGCGCACAAAAACAAACGCCCCCUCUGGGUCGACGGCAGCGGAAACACAUUUGAAAACCACAGCUGCAUCUCGCAAACACACAGGCACCCCGUCCUCUCGCUCUCUCUCAUUCCUCCUCAUGCAUGCUCGCCCUUGUACACGUACAUGUGUGUGCACAGGCACGCGCACAUACACACGCAGGCAGAUGGAGGAAGGAGAUCCUUGGACGACUCACAAGGUCUCAGUGUUUUCCUUCCUCGGGUGCCAAUCAUCUCCAAGAAUAAGCCAUCUGUUCCUGGUUCUGAGCCAAUCGGAAUCGAGGACAUGGCCCAUCUGCCAAUGGGAUGAGUGCAGGUGGAUUGGUAGCAACCAAUCGGCAGCGGCCGCGGCGUCAGCUGACUAGACAGCGAAACACUGCUCCCCUCUUCUCCUCUGCUGUUUUCAUCCCCCUGUUCUGUCCUUCCCUCUACUCUCCUCUCCUUUUUUAAAACAGAUGUUGCCUUAGGUAUUAUUUAUGUUAUACAAACCAAAUAAAUGGAAGACAUUUUCUUUCUUUCUUUUUUUUUUAAAUGUGUGUUAUAUUGGAACCUCUGUUACCGUACAGAGUUGUGGCAAAGUGUAAAAAAAAGGAAAAAAUAAGGAAACAAAAAAAUACCUAGACUCUUCUGCAGAUCUUUUUCAAUCAUUGGAAAUUGAAAGAUUCCAGUUUGGGUUUUUUUAUGUUCUAGAAGUGGGUGUUUAAUACGUAGGCCUUGAUGCAGUGGUUUGUUUAGAAGACCAUUUGAUUACCGGUCUGUUUUUAAUUGUGCUCAUGACACUUCUUAACGCCAGGCCUUGGGUUUAAUAUGUAGUCAAGAAUAAAUCCACUCAGAUACAUACUGGUGCGAUUGCUUUUGCCUGCCCAUACUGUCAAUCCCCUAAUCAGGAUGGACUGCAUCGUUUGGGGAAAUGCUGUGAUGGGUCAAAUUUGUAGCAGGCAUAUUCAAUCAUGAACUAAAUCUGAGUGAAUUUCGUUCCUUUUUCUAAAUCCCAGUUUGGAUUAUAUCUUCCUAGACUGUUACUAAAAAAAGUCUUUUUUUUCACUGUUCGAGGGAAAAUGUCCUAAAUAUAGAUACGGUUUAUAACCCGUCAUUGGGGUGAAGAGCUAAUACCAUACAGAUUAGAGAGGAUUUGAUAUUGAUUUCAUCAAGCCACCCAACAAAUGUAGCAAUAUCAACAAAAGGUCUUGUUUUUGCCCAGUUUUGUUACACUUUUAUGCAACUUUAAUAAAAAUACAUCAAAUGAAAA